GCCCCGAACAUUUUAUGUUCUGUAGGUGCACAGUUUACAACCUUAAAUAGACUCUUGUUUUCUAAUUUGAAUGCUAUUUUAUGUAUACCGUAAAUCGAGAAAUAUAAUCCAACCAAGAAUAUCGGCUGAGCUCUUUGGUCCUGCCCUAUCCUCGGGCUGUGGGCACGGCCGAAUGGGAGUAGAAUGGAGACUGUCUUAAAUGCAUUAGAAUUUAUCAAAUAAUAAUGUUUAUUUAUUUGGUUAUUACCUGAAGAUAUAUAAACAUGACAUGUAUAAAGAUUUAGGCGUUAUCAGCGUUUGAAUUCAAUUCCAGGUUAACGUUGGGAAAAUUAUGAUAUUUCGUGCAUGGUGUUAACAGUGGCUGCAAUUGUGCAUGUAAUGCAUUCAGUAUGCUAGAUACCAUUUAACAUAGAAUGGCCGCAUCAUGUUCAUCUGCGAAUGCAUCGUCGAACGAUAAGACUGAGUGUACGAGUCCCAGUCCAACAGAGACUGUGUGCCUGGAGUUGUUGGACACCCUUACAGAUGGAAAAGAGGGUGCUGGGCCCUCUGGAGUGGUGUGUGGUGAUAGCGAAGGCUCAGUGGUGGGGGACAAAUGCUUGUUGGACACAGAGGAGGGAGAUGAUGGAAGCUGUCAUGCUGAGGAGUGCGAUGAAGAGGGGUGGGUGGAAGUGGACGAUGGGGCAGAGGGGAGUGCUGGGGAGGAAGAAGAAGAAGAGGAUAAACUGUUGGACAAAUUGCAGUCGAGUGAAGGGACCGCUGUGUUGCCAUCUGCUGCCGAUAGUGCAAGUGCCAUAAUCCCUAGGCCCUGGCGGAAGCGGAAACUUGAAGUACAAAAUGGGUUUCCGUGCAAGAAACUUUUCCCAGAGGAUAAGACUGCCAUUUUGAGCCUGAAGAAGAAAACUCUCGAAGGGUGCAUCCCACUGGAGAAGGUGAAGGUGCAGCGGAGUGUCAUUCCCUCAAAAGACAACCCUCCACCGGAGAUGAAUGACUGGUUAUACCAAUUCAAGCGAUGGUCAAAUGCCGAGCGACUGCUGGCUAUCGAUCAGCUGAUCGAGACAUGUGAGCCGACGCAGGUGCGACACAUGAUGCAAGUGAUAGAGCCCCAGUUCCAGAGAGACUUCAUAUCUCUUCUUCCAAAGGAGUUGGCUCUUUACGUGCUGUCAUUUCUGGAGCCACGUGAUCUCCUGCGUGCGGCUCAAACAUGUCGCAAUUGGCGGUUCCUAGCAGAGGAUAACCUUUUGUGGCGGGAGAAGUGUCGGGAGGCGGGGAUCGAUGAGGUGCGGGAGACCGUCCACAGGAGGCGACAGCGGGCUCCUUCUGUAACCUCUCCUUGGAAGGCCGCGUUCAUGAGACAGCACACUAUCGAGAUGAACUGGAGGAUAAAGCCGAUCCGGCCACCCAAAGUUCUCAAGGGUCACGAUGACCACGUUAUAACGUGCCUGCAGUUCUCAGGGAAUCGAAUUGUCAGCGGCUCAGAUGAUAACACGCUGAAAGUGUGGUCAGCCUCUACUGGAAAGUGUCUUCGGACGCUAGUUGGCCACACUGGUGGAGUCUGGUCGUCGCAGAUGUCUGGCAGCAUAAUAAUUAGUGGCAGCACAGAUCGCACACUGAAAGUAUGGAAUGCGGAGUCUGGUCAUUGCUUGCACACGCUGUACGGACAUACCUCCACCGUGCGCUGUAUGCAUCUCCACGGAAAAAAGGUUGUCAGCGGAUCUCGAGAUGCCACCCUGCGAGUGUGGAACAUUGAGAGUGGGGAGUGUUUACAUGUUCUGGUAGGCCACCUAGCAGCUGUUCGGUGCGUUCAAUAUGAUGGACGUCUCGUAGUCAGCGGGGCGUAUGACUACAUGGUGAAGGUCUGGAACCCGGAGCGGGAAGAAUGCCUGCACACGCUCCAGGGUCACACCAACCGAGUGUACUCCCUGCAGUUUGACGGGGUCCACGUGGUGAGCGGAUCUCUGGACACCAGCAUUCGGGUGUGGGAGGUGGAGACGGGGGCGUGCAGACAUACACUGAUGGGGCACCAGUCCCUCACAUCAGGCAUGGAACUGCGCAACAAUAUUCUUGUCUCUGGAAAUGCGGACUCAACAGUAAAAGUGUGGGACAUAGUGACUGGUCAGUGCUUGCAAACCCUCUCAGGCCCUAACAAACAUCAGUCAGCAGUCACCUGUCUGCAGUUCAACAACCGGUUUGUCAUCACGUCAUCAGACGAUGGCACCGUCAAGCUGUGGGACGUUCGUACAGGUGAGUUCAUCCGCAACCUGGUGGCUCUAGACAGCGGUGGGAGUGGAGGCGUGGUGUGGCGGAUCCGUGCCAACGAGACCAAGCUGGUGUGUGCUGUCGGAAGCAGGAACGGGACGGAGGAGACGAAGCUUCUGGUGCUGGACUUUGAUGUGGAGAACAAGUGAGCAAGAAGUGAACUUCACAGGGGUUGGUGUAGCAUUUAAAUGUAAGGAUAGGAACAAAAUUGUGUGCGUGGCAUUUUGCGCGGUCGCGCAGAGGCUGGCAUCGUAAUGCUGUUCAUUUGUUUUGGAGUAACUUUGUGUUGUCUGGUGCGCAAGGCUGAAUUCUGUAACCUUAUUUUUUCUAACAUGAUAUUUAUUUUUUUAUAUGUAAGAAGAAUGUUCUUUUUUUACCUCAUGCAUCACUUGGCAAGUAUUAUUUAAGCUUUGCCAGUAGGUACAAAACCAUGUUUAUUCUUCGCCAGAUACACAGAGUACUUGAUUUUCAUUUAUUUUUAUCAAUGAAAUUCUGACAAAAUGAUACAAAUUAUUGUUUUGGAAGUUACAUCUAUUUAUUUAGUAAGGAAUGGAUUGUGUAAAUAUGGCAACAGGAAACUCCUCUGUUUGUUGUUUAACGUCUCCUGUGCUGAGCCUCCUCCUGUGGCAAACUGGGGACGGAUUAUUUUAACGUGUGUAACAAUACUCAUUUGCUUUCAUUAUUCGACCCUCAGACGUGCGUCAUUUGUAUCAUAUUGAAUACAGAGAAACAUUGCUCAAACAUCUUCUUUUGUAAAAUGUUAUGUAUUAUACAUGUAAUAAAUUGUUUCUUAGUCCAGCA